CAAUGAUUAGAAUGUUUCCCCACGAGCACGAGUUUAGAUUUGGUUACUGAAACGAAACAUAUCUUUGCCACACUCUGCUUGCGAGGUCUCUUCUGGGUCAGUCACAGAAAGAAGCGAAAGUCUUCUUCUUUGCUUUGAUUCUCAUCUUCGCAGUCUUUCUCGUUGCUCGGAACGAUUCGGUUGAGAUCGAUUUGAACUUCUUCUUACAGGGGAUAGUUAUGAGUUCCCCUGCGGGUGUUACUGUCAUCUGGGAUUACCAAUAUUAUUGGAUCCCCCAUGGCUACGAUCUUCGGAGUCUCAAAACGAGCAUUGAAACUGCCCUCAAACGAUGCAAUCCAGAUUUCUUUGUUGAAGGGAAACUGAUUGCGGUUGGAACCGCCACCGGAGACAAACAUCAAGCCAUUACCAUGCUACCUGAUGAUAUCGAACUCUCACCCAUGCCAGAUUAUCAUACUCGAGGACCAGACCGUGACUUGGCAGAUCAAGCUGCCACUUUUUUGGUCAUGGAGAUCACCAUGAAAGCGCUUGCCAACAGGGCCAACAUUUUGGUCAUUUCUGGAAACUAUGAUGUGAUGGGUGCGAUUAAAGAAUGGAGAAGGGAUAUCUUUAUGAUGUUAGCCCUACCUGAAAGCUCGUCACCAAGCGUCUACCCCAUUGCCAACGUGACUUGGCUUUGGUCUUCGGAAGAUCCUGAGAGAGCUGCUACUACUAUGGUUAAUGGAGGUGGUCCGAUCCCUCCUGUACCCCGUAUUAGCGGAUGAGCUUAAUAACAUGGUGGUAGAUAUAACAUCAUGAACUCUUAGUAAUAUCAUCUGGUUUAGUUUCAGACUCUCUUAUCCUUGCGCUGUUUUAGUUUCAGAUUCUCUUUAGCUGCUUUGUUGUUCUUAGUAGGAUCAUCUGACUAAAAUGACUCUUGAGUAAUAUUGUAGUACUCUACUCCUUUUUAAGCUUUUGUCUUUCUUUUCUGUGUGUGUGUGUGUUUUGUCUGAUUUGCUGCAACCCUUUGUUCUUCAUGUUCUCCUAUUUUAGAGGAACAUUUAUGUUCGAAUCA